CACAAAUGGGUAACCGCAAUGGCGUACCCACCUCCGAAACCCAAGUCCGCCCUGACUCAGCCUCCACCACCGGCAAUAACUCUCGCACCUCCGAUGCCCCACAGUCCACCAUCGUCUCUCAGACACUCUCCGGUACCGGCAGAGUCCUUGGCCGGCCAAUGGAAGACGUCCGCUCUACAUACAUUUUUGGCCGCGAGCUCGGUCGCGGCCAAUUCGGCGUAACCUACCUCGCAACCCACCGGACCACCAAUAAACAAUUCGCGUGCAAGUCAAUCGCCACGAGGAAACUCAUCAACAAAGACGACGUCGAAGACGUCCGACGCGAAGUCCAGAUCAUGCACCACUUGACCGGACACCGGAACAUCGUAGAGCUCAAAGACGCGUACGAGGAUCGUCAGUCGGUGAACUUGAUAAUGGAGUUGUGUGCCGGCGGCGAGCUUUUUGAUCGGAUUAUUGCGAAGGGACAUUAUUCGGAACGUGCGGCGGCGAGUCUGUGUAGGCAGAUUGUGACUGUGGUGCAUAAUUGUCAUUCCAUGGGUGUGAUGCAUAGAGAUUUGAAGCCUGAAAACUUCUUGUUCUUGAGUUCUGAUGAGGAUUCGCCCUUGAAGGCCACGGAUUUUGGGCUUUCAGUUUUCUUUAAACCAGGAGAUUUAUUUCAAGACCUUGUUGGAAGUGCAUAUUAUGUGGCCCCUGAAGUGUUGCGGCGUAAUUACGGAAUGGAGUCUGAUAUUUGGAGUGCUGGAGUGAUCCUAUAUAUUUUACUUUGUGGUGUCCCACCAUUUUGGGCUGAGAAUGAGCAGGGUAUCUUUGAUGCUGUUUUGCGGGGACAUAUUGAUUUCUCUUCAGACCCUUGGCCAUCCAUAUCAAGCAGUGCCAAAGUUCUUGUGAAGAAAAUGCUACAAGCUGAUCCUAAAGAAAGGAUUUCUGCUGUAGACGUCCUAAAUCAUCCAUGGAUGAGAGAAGAUGGUGAUGCAUCUGAUAAACCCAUUGACAUUGCUGUCUUAAGUAGAAUGAAGCAGUUCCGGGCAAUGAACAAACUCAAAAAAGUAGCUCUGAAGGUAAUUGCAGAGAAUCUUUCUGAAGAAGAAAUCAUUGGUUUGAAGGAGAUUUUCAAAUCAAUGGACACAGAUAACAGUGGAACAAUUACUUUUGAAGAGUUGAAAGCUGGCCUUCCAAAACUGGGUACCAAGCUUUCCGAGUCAGAAGUGAGGCAGUUGAUGGAAGCGGCUGAUGUGGAUGGAAAUGGAACAAUUGAUUAUAUUGAAUUUAUAACAGCUACAAUGCAUGUGAAUCGAAUGGAAAGAGAAGACCACUUGUACAGAGCUUUUGAAUAUUUUGACAAGGACAAGAGCGGCCAUAUCACGAUGGAUGAAUUAGAGCAUGCCUUGAAGAAUUACAACAUGGGUGAUGAGAAAACAAUAAAGGAGAUCAUUGCAGAAGUUGACACAGACCAUGAUGGAAAAAUUAACUAUGAUGAGUUCGUGGCCAUGAUGAGGAAAGGCAACCCCGAGAUGGUCACAAAUAGACGUCGCAAGUAGCAUUCAAAAUAUUAUUCCUUGAGAUCUGCAUAUUUUACUCGAUUGAGCUCAUAACUCCAACAGGCUUGUUUCUUUAGCUCACCUUUUCGGAGCUAGUUACAUAUAUUGCAAUUGAUUGUCGGUUUAACUACCAAGAAUUGCAGGAAAGUUUUUGACUUUUGGAAUAGUUGUUUGUUUGUACAUAGCUGACCUUCAGGAAAAAAAAAACAAAGUCGGUUUGUUUUUGCAUUUGAUCUUGGCGUGAACGAUGAAUUGUAACCGUUACACCACGUCAACAGUGUCACGUAGUGUAACUAUCCAUUAAUAGGUAAAACUAAUGUUACAUAAACUUAAAAAUUAGACUUGUUAAUUACAAUUAUUAAUUUUACUGUGGAU